ACAGGCGCGUCACGCCGCAGCUUAUGAAAAAAGAAAUAAAAAACAUCGCUAUGGUGUCGUAAUGAACCGGGACUUCGUGUACGACCAGAACAGACCAACGGUAUGGUCCCGAGCUGGUAGUACACUCAAUAAAUGGCUGUGGGGUGCCCUGUGUUGUGGGGUGCCUGGCAUACCUUGUUACUUCUGUACCUGCUGCGAGAAACUUGAUGAUGGCAUGGACCGGGAUAGGCCUACAGUGCAUCAAGCGACAGCGACAUCCGAACGUGCCUCCCGUCCACACCGACCGCACGCGCCUCGCAGUAGAAAGUCUACUCCAGAAAUGCUGUCUGCCGUACGUUGUGCCCUCUCUCAACUGCAGGGCGAACCAGCGCCACCACUACCAGACUCUGACUCCAAAGGACACAAGGAACCUGGUUGAGAGCUGAAUAGAUUGGAAGAGCCUCUUGUGAUACAGUUGAUCGAAUAAAUGUGUUCGAUUGUG